AUGGCCACAGUUCCCGAUUUACCAGUUUUGGACAUUGUUAUGGGUGGGGUCGACCAUCCAGAAACUAAACAAUCAUUUGGUGCUCAGGAUUAUGUUCCCCAGAAAAAGGGCAUUGCCAAACUUGGCAACAACAUACGAACUGCAGUAGUUAAAUACGCUCGGUUUGUCGGUCCCGGGUUGAUGGUUUCAGUCGCAUACAUGGAUCCUGGAAAUUACGCGACUGCUACUUCAGCUGGAGCUUCCAAUCGGUAUGCACUGCUGUUUGUGGUUUUUAUUUCUAACGCGGUGGCAGUUUUCCUUCAAAGCUUGUGCAUUAAACUAGGCACCGUUACCGGAAAGGACCUCGCAAGGAGCUGCAGAGAAAUCUGUCCGCGAUGGCUGAAUUUGGUGCUUUACUUGUUUGCAGAGUGUGCCAUUGUGGCCACGGAUGUGGCUGAGGUGAUUGGUUCAGCUAUAGCAUUGAACAUAUUGUUCAGGGUGCCGCUUCCGGCCGGAGUUGCGAUCUCAGUGGUUGAUGUGUUCUUGGUCUUGAUGGCUUACAGGCCUGGCUCUUCACUACGAUUUGUGCGGUAUUUCGAGUAUGGAGUUGCAGUUCUGGUGUUGGCAGUUGUGAUUUGCUUCUGCGUGGAGCUGGGAUACUUGCCUCAGGAAACUUCUGCUAAGCAGAUCUUCCGGGGAUUUGCUCCUUCUAAAGAGAUGUUCCAUAACAACGGAAUAUACACAGCUGCUUCCAUUUUGGGUGCGACAGUUAUGCCACAUAGUCUAUUUUUAGGGUCUGGACUGGUACAACCGAGACUGCGCGAAUACGACGUGGCCACAGAUCACAUCCAGUUGUCAGAGGAUUCAGCUGAAAACGAAGAGAUGUACUACAGUUAUAAGCCUUCAUCUGCAGCCAUCGACUACUGUUUGAAGUAUUCAAUCAUCGAAUUAGCAACCGCAUUGUUCACUUUUGCUCUGUUUGUGAAUUGUGCUAUUCUGAUAGUUUCUGGGGCCACGCUUUACGGAACAACAGAGGCCGUCGACGCUGAUCUCUACGAUAUCCAUUCGCUGCUUUCCACAACAAUUGCACCCGUUGUUGGUACUGUUUUCAUGGUAGCACUUCUAUGUUCAGGCCAAUCUGCCGGGAUUGUGUGCACGAUUGCAGGUCAGAUUGUGUGCGAGGGCCACAUUCAAUGGAGAGUAAAACCAUGGAUGCGGCGACUCAUAACUAGGUCCAUUGCAAUCGUGCCUUGUCUGGCAAUAUCUGCCAGUCUUGGGAGACACGGGAUGGGUAUAGCUUUGAAUGCAAGCCAGUUUGCCCUCUCAAUUACACUGCCGUUUCUCACUGCACCGUUGAUCAUUUUUACAUGCAAUCGACGCAUAAUGCGGGUGGAGAGGGAAGACGGGACUUACAAAGACAUGUCCAAUAACUGGCUCACCACGGUUAUCGCAGUUGUGGUGUGGAUUUUUGUUGCGGUAUUGAACGUGUAUGCUUUGGUUCAAGCAAAUAAGUCAUAA